AGUGAAAAGGGAAGCGAAGGGGAGGUCUAUAGCAAUGAAAUGUUGUGUUUAAUAGUGAAUGCAAUGCAUGUGUGAAAAGUCAGUCAAUUGUGACGACUAUUUGGUAAUACAAUCUCUUGAGUGAUAACAUUGUGACCAUUAAGUCAUCUCUAAUAUUGACAACUGAAUCACUUGACAGAAGACAAUAAGACUAUUAUAUUAGUGAGUGUUUGAAUGGCGCCCAGCAUUGGUCUGUCUGAGCCCGGGGUGUAUGGUAUGUGGGGUGUCGUGACUUCCACUUUGGACUGGUGUGAGACCAACUACGAGACGACCCGAUAUGUGGCCGAGUUUUGGAACACAGUGUCAAAUGUGGUGAUGAUUUGGCCGCCAAUUAUUGCCAUUUAUCACGCUUUCAUCAAUGACUUGGAGAGACGUUAUAUGCUAUGCUUCGGGUUUUUAUGUUUGGUAGGCUGUGGCUCCUGGAUGUUUCAUAUGACACUAAAGUAUGAGAUGCAACUGUUUGAUGAGCUACCUAUGCUAUGGGGUAGUCUAAUGCUUGUUUACUGUAUGCUAACACUACUCUAUCCGAUUGACUGUUCGUGGAAGCAAUUGUUGGCCACUAAAGUUGGUCUAAUAAGUUAUGGCAUAAUAUCAACGCUUCUGUAUCUGUGUUUCAAAACACCGAUUUUGUUUCAAGUGUCGUAUGGUUUUAUGGUAACACUUAUGCUUUAUUGGGAUAUUUGUUUGGUUAAGUACAAGCCGUGUGACAAAAGGAUUUUUAUAUGGGCCGCUAUUUUUUAUUACACCGGUUUCGCUCUUUGGAAUAUCGAUAACAUAUUUUGUGAUAAAUUAGGUCUAUUUAGACAAAUAUUACCAUCAUUUUUGGUGCCAUUCACACAAUUGCAUGCACUUUGGCAUUGUUUGGCCGGUUAUGGCUCUUAUUUGCACAUUGUGUUUACUGCACACUCUCGGGCUUUAAUUCGGGAUCAAAAGGUUAAACUCAUUUGGUGCUGGUAUGGGGUAGUCCUGUCCAAUGAAAAACACUUUAUUAGCUAUAAAAAAGUUGUCUAACACAGCAGUAUAAUGUAUUAUUGUAUUUAAUUACCGGUAAUUGAAAAAAAAACUUUAAACAGAAAUAUGAGAACAAAAAUCUUUUAUUAAUUAGUAUAAAUGAUUUAUAGUAACAUUUGUAGAGUAAUUUGUUUGACUUAAUAAUAUAUG